GACUCCGAAAGUCGCGCCAGUUUGGGCAGACCGGCCACCUCAGCGCCCUCAGGGGAGCGGGGCUUCCCCGCCACCGGAAACGGAAGCACUGGACAGCAGGACCAUGGCGACGCUGUUUGACCUCCCAGAUUUGGUGCUCUUGGAGAUCUUCUCUUACCUCCCGGUCCGGGACCGGAUCCGCAUCUCCAGGGUCUGUCACCGCUGGAAGAGGCUAGUGGAUGAUCGGUGGCUGUGGCGACACGUCGACCUGACGCUCUACACGAUGCGGCCAAAAGUCAUGUGGCACCUCCUGCGCCGGUACAUGGCAUCCCGGCUCUACUCGCUGCGCAUGGGUGGCUACCUGUUCUCUGGCUCUCAAGCCCCACAGCUGUCCCCAGCCUUGAUGCGGGCCCUGGGCCAGAAGUGCCCCAACCUGAAGCGCCUGUGCCUGCACGUGGCUGAUCUGAGCAUGGUCCCUAUCACCAGCUUGCCUGCCACGCUGAGGACCCUGGAGCUGCACAGCUGCGAGAUCUCAAUGGCCUGGCUGCAGAAGGAGGAGGACCCCACGGUGCUGCCACUGCUGGAGUGCAUCGUGCUGGACCGAGUGCCAGCCUUCCGUGAUGAGCACCUGCAGGGCCUUACCCGCUUCCGAGCCCUGCGCUCGCUAGUGCUGGGCGGCACCUACCGGGUCACCGAGACCGGGCUGGAUGCCAGCCUGCAGGAGCUCAGCUACCUGCAAAGGCUGGAGGUGCUAGGCUGCACCCUGUCGGCCGACAGUACCCUGCUGGCCAUCAGCCGCCACCUCCGAGAUGUGCGCAAGAUUCGGCUGACCGUUGGGGGCCUCUCUGCCCAGGGCCUAGUCUUCCUGGAGGGAAUGCCGGCCCUGGAGAGUUUGUGCUUCCAGGGUCCCCUCAUCACCCCAGAAAUGCCCACGCCAGCUCAGAUCGUGUCCUCCUGCCUCACCAUGCCUAAGCUCAGAGUGCUUGAGGUGCAGGGGCUGGGCUGGGAGGGCCAGGAGGCAGAGAAGGUCCUAUGUAAGGGCCUGCCAAGCUGCAUGGUUAUUGUCAGGGCUUGUCCCAAAGAAUCCAUGGAUUGGUGGAUGUGAAGGCAUCACCUAUCCAUGCCUGGGACCUAUCCUAGC